AGUUUAUGGCCAUUUCAUGUGAAAAAGCAGAUGCAAAUGAAGUUGUGCCGCAAUUCCCUAAAUCUGAUGACUGGUUCACUGCCAAUUACAAUCUGUUUAGGGUGAUGUGUAUUGUUCCCGACAAGCAAGAUUACAGUUAUGUGGAAAAGGUUCAACUCCCUGAAGAUGAAAUUUUGGGUCUUUGUAAUAAGCUUGUCCCAGCUUCUGCUACUUCUUACUCAGGAAACCCACCUCGAAUCCGUAUCAACUUCAAAGAAUUCGAUAGGUUAUAUUUAUCCGCCAUGGGAUUCUAUGGAGAUAAGAAGAUGAUGAUUGAGAUCUUCCACAAGCAAUGCCUGGUGGGUGAUUCUGUUGUCUCUGAAAUGAAGCUUGGCCAAUUCAUGCCUGGUCUCUAUGUGAUCGUUCCGAAAGAAGCAACUGGCACUUUGGUUGCUUUCUACUGGCACGAAGGGGAACAUUUCAAGGAGGCCUCUAGAAAAGAUGUCUCCUGCAAUUUCAUCAGGUAUCUGGUAGAACUAUGUGAUUACAUAUAUGUUUGUGUGGAAGGGGAGUAUAAUUUUGGCGCCUUGGCUAUUGCCGCUGCAAAAUCGCCUUCAAAAGUGAAGUGUACCCAGAAAAUGGAAGUAAAGAGGGUGAAGAGCUCUGAGAAUGACAUGGAACUUCUGCCUGGAUUUAAUGUGAGGGUCGCUUGGAGAGUGAAGCUUGAGAUGGCCUUGCCUCUAUUCUGCGAGGGGUACCACCGCUGUUGUUUGCUCACAGCAGAAAACAGAGCUCCAAGAACAGAAGUGAUGGAUGUGCAAGCAUCAGAGUUUGAUCACAUUUACAAUGGAUGGUUGUUGGAGUCCAGAGUUUACUACUCUAAAUUGAGUAAUGAGCAUUUCCUCAAUCUCCUCCAAUGUUGCUACCGAGGAAAGUACCAGAAAUACCUCGAGUGGAAGGACUCUUUCAAACCUGGUGCUCAGUUAGGCAUCAUGGCUGACAAAGUGAAGGAGCUUGAAAGAUGUUUUCUCAAAAUUCUUCCAGAAUUCUGCAGCCACGUUCUGCUUUUCAUACGCAAGGAAUGGAGUGAAUCAAAGGCUAGAGACUACAUGGACAGGUAUGAUCAACUGCAUGGAAAAUUUUCCAUGAUGUUAGCAGGAGAGGACGGGCGAGGGGAUGCUGAUCGCAGGGUGCUGAUGGAUGGAUCUGACAUCAGAUUUAUUUGUAAUGGUUUUGAGCAUAGGAUUACCAUUCAAAUCUUGGGUAAAGGUAAGCCAACACUUUCCUUUAUCACUUACGAACAAGAGUUAAGUGUCAGGUGCUCAAGUCAGUGCCCCUGCUCCAGAAGGAUUGAUGGAACAACAAAGUUCCUACCCUUGAACUCAUCUAAAAACUUGCUUCUAUCGGGUGAUAAAGUUAAACUUGUCAAACUGGGUGAAAAUAAGAAAAAUGAAAUGGAAGGAACUGUUCAGCUUCUUAAUAGUAGCGGAUCUGUCUUGGCAAUGCGUAGUUGGGUAGAAAAUAUGGUUCCCGCUGAACUAAAAAAUCUUGAAAGAAAUAUUGUUUUCACAACCUUUUUAUUGAGUUCUGAUUAUCCUAAGGCUCUUAUGUUUAUUGAAAAACAUCUGGAAAUCGACAACCUACAGACCCUGCCAGUUGAAUUUAAGAACCGGGUUAACCAGUUCCAGCAUAUUGAUGCGAAUCCACUUACAAUUGAUCCACAGAAGCUCUUAUCCCAUAAGAAAAUUACAACAGUGUGUGACCAAGUUUAUAAGAAGCAAGAACAUAAGUUUCUGGAAAGCGUAAAGGAGAACUUGUCAAGUGUACUCUUGAGUCAUCAAGGUGCUAAGGACCAAGAAAAGAAGCCAUUUAUAAACCUGCGGGACGCUAAAGGUAUGGUAACGAAGUAUUUGGGAAUGGAGAAGGAUAAAGAGGAGUCGGAGGAAAGGGAGAAGCAAUUCAAACCAGCUGAGGAUAAAUACAUACAAGAAUUGAAGAAAAACAUGCCAAAGAAUAGAGAAGGUACUUUAGUGACUAGGUAUAUUGAAGAAGUUGCUGUUAUUAAACCACAAUCAAAAUUGAAGGUUAAAGUUUCAAUUGUGGAGGACCAGAAGUCGACCAUUGUGUGGAAAGCACAAGAGCUAAUAGCACUGAAAAAGGACAUUGAUGAAUUGAACAGCAAUUGUGAGCAUCCUAUUGUCCCAACAUGUGGCCAAUCAUUUGAAUUGGUAGCCAUCAAUCGUGAACAAGAAAGGUUAGUUAAAGUUGUUGCUCUAAGGUCCGGAGUAAUGAUUGUUUUUAUUGAAAACUUCAACGAUCAUUCCCUGUAUCUGUACCAUUGUUCUAAGAUUGGUUCCGACAUAAACAUGAAUCGUCCUUUUAAGACUUUUAGGAGGUUGUUCGAUUUAUUGGCUGUAGAUGAAUCCUCCCGAUAUAUGGCUCUCUAUGAAAAAGUCAAAUGCAAGAUUGGAAUCUAUAAGUUCAAUGAAUCAUUUAGGAAGGUUGACCCGACUGGAGUUGAGGUUCAUCUAGAAAAAUUUACAGGAAGUAGCAUUAUUACAUGGAUGCAUUUAAUUCCGGGGAAAAUGGAGUUACUGAUUAUUGACAACACAAACAGAGUGAGGUUGGUGGAAAUCCAUGAGAAUCCAAUGGUGAAGCCAAAUAACAUUUCACUUUCUUGGUCCCAUCCUAUUUCAAAAGCAUGUAUUUCUCCAGAUGGCUUUUUCCUCAUUGUUUUUAGGCAGUCUGAAGAUGAUGGCACAGACAAAAAUCUUCCAAACGUUGGUAUCCAGUUGGAAAUUUUUGUUUUAGGUGAUAUGAUGAGCCACUUGAAGACCAUCCAUUUGAAUGCAAAUCCAAAAAGCAAUGUGUGUGAUUUGGAACAGAUGGGGCUAAAAAUUACAAACUUCGGAUCACAAAGUCACCUUGUACUGUAUAACUAUGCAGAUUCUCCUUAUUUUCUUUCUUCGCAUGUUCUUAAAACUGUUAUAGCAGGGGAAGUAUCAAUGUUGCAAAAAGUACAGAACAAAGAGAAGGAAGUGAAAGAAACAGAAAUUGAUGGAUCAUGCUCCUAUUUGGGAUAUAUAUACCACAUAUUUGAUAAGUUUGGAACUACUCCUGCCCUGUUUCCAGAAGAUAGGAAGAGCAUCAUGUUCAAAGUUGUAUUAAAAAGCAUCACAGACCUCUGUAAUGGAGAAGCAUGCAUCAAGUACUUAGAAGCACUAUUGAAGAAACUGAGGAAGGCAAAAGAAAAAAACUUUUCAAAUAUCACAAUUGAUUUUCAAGCGGACAGUUUGAAGAAAUGGACAACAGAAUUUGAUAGCUUGGAUUCAGAUGCAACAAAUGACAAGAUUAACAGGAAAAUGGGAGUGUGGGUUCGUUCACUUAUUUGCCUUGUGCCCCUUCAAAUUGCUCGCGCAGAGAACAAUGGAGUAGUGGCUCUCAAGGACGGUCUUCAAAUACCCCCUUCCAUAAGUAUUGUGGAUAGCGUAUCGCUUGCCAAUUCUAUACGGUUUGGGCUCUAUGAUGCUGUUCUAGACAGUUGGAAGGGUAAAAUCAAGGUUAUAUCUUCCAUGGGAAAACAAAGCAGCGGUAAGUCUUAUUUGUUGAACCAUCUCUCAGGGUCUCUCCUUGAUGUUUCAGGUGGCAGGUGCACCGAUGGUGUCUGGAUAACUGUCACCACAACAGAAGAAUCAGCAGAUGCCCAUGCCCAUGGAGGCGACAGGUGCUUGUAUGUUCUUUUAGACUUUGAGGGACUGGGCAGUUUUGAGCGAACAGAACAAGAGGAUAUGCCUCUUUCUGUUGUCAAUGCUGCUGUGAGCAAUCUCACUAUAUUCAACAAAAAGGAUUUCCACUUGGACAAGGAUACAGAAAUUGCUUUCAAGCGCUUCCAAGGUGGUAUCAAUCUCAUUAGCCCGGACGAAAAGUUAUUCAAGGGUCUAUUCUAUAUUGCAAUCAAGGACGUGGACAGAGAUGAUGUAGAAGACCUUAUACUGGAAUUCAGUGACAAAAUUUCGCAAAUAUGUAGAAAAUCCGAGGAAAACUUUAUCACAAAAAUGUAUGGUGGGAAAUUUGAGAUUGCUGCUAUGGCUCCUUACAAUCGUUCUGAUUACUAUGGGGACAGUUUAAGUGAACUUGCAGAAACAGUGAAAGAAACAGAUUCUUUCUAUGAUAAUGGCUCCACUUUCUUGAGAGAUCUAAAGCUUGUAAUAUCUCAAAUUGUUGCUAAAGAUUGGACUUCCAUUGACAGUAAGCGUGUGGGUCAAAUAGUUGACGUUAUAAGGAGAAAUCUCAAGGUUGCCAUCAAUAUGGGAUGUCUUUCUUUUUCCAAUGCUGACGAUAUGCAGGGGCUUGUUAAUUUUGAUACCCAGGAAGAAAUUCCAGAUGAACCGGUUGUCGUUGGAGAUUUCUCAUGCAAUACAAGAGAUCAGGGCUUAUGUUUACUGCCUUCUCAUGAAUCAUCAAAAGCUAGUAGUAUUAGAGAUGUCUUAUGUCAGUUGAGAUUAGAACUGGAGACUGUUUUACCCAGAAAAGGGAACAAUGGUGAAUCGUGGCAUUCUGAGUUCGAGAACUUCCUUCGGGCACUGGGAGAGAGAAGGCAUGAUAGAGUUCAACAUUGGGUAAGUUCAAACACGGUAGAAUUUUGUGACCACGAAGAGGUUAAAAUGUUGCAAUUAGAGGCUAGUUUAGGUCUGGGUGAAGUGAAACAAGGUCUCUCCAUUUGUGGAGGCAAGUGUUCUGUGUGUUUUUGGAGAUGCGUGCUAGAAAAAGGCCAUGAUAAGUUUGAUUCAGCACAUUCUUGCAUGGGUAGUCAUUCAUGUACAGAAAACUGCACCUAUUGUUUUCGAGACGGUGACGACUCUAGCCUAUGUGGAGAUUUGGCCGGGCACGAAGGCGCUCAUAACUGUAAAGAGAAAAAUCACACUUGCGGAGAGACAUGUCACUUGGUUGAAAUAUCCUCCAAUUACAAUAAGGUAUGUUCUCUAGGGCCUGAACACCCUGGUCUGCACAAGUGCAAUUCCCCGCAACACGUUUGCAAGACAGCUUGUUCUCUUCCAAGCUGUAACAACCCUUGUGCUGUGCCCAUCGAGCCUAAUCACAAAGAGCAUCGAUGCCAUGAAAAUAUUGCCAGAGCAAAUGCACUAUAAGGGAUUGCAA